AUGAAGACGCGAUCCCUACUAGGUACCGGUGUUGCUUCAUCCCGCGUCCUUCUCCCUUCUGCCCAUCGACAUGGAGUGGGAACUAAAGAACGGGUCUUGGGUCCCGAUUCCAAAGCCGGUCUGGUGGACAAAAAGCUCAAGUGGCAGUUUUCCCUGGACAGACUCUAUGGAGCAGUCCCCAGAUGCAAGGCAGCCCUGGAGAAAGAGACAAAGGAGCUGAUAGCCGAGCGUGCUGCCCUACGCCAAGAUCACCCACUAGUCGUCACUCUCACCGAGCGGAUGGCAAAGAUUCCUAGCAAUACCCGAUCGUUGGCUCCACCGCCCCUCACUCCCACUCCCCCAACGGCAAAUACCAGCAGCGCUCAGUCCUCCCCUCCUCCCAUCACUCCCCUCCAUCCGACGACAGAUACUCACAGACCUCACUUAAUCCCUCCGGCAGAGCCAACCAAGAAUGGCGUGACGAACCAGCUACAAGAAGCGAUCAAGACGGUCUCUGAGAAGCGACUGCGAGAGAUUGUUGUCGAGCUUGUUCAGACGGAACCGGUCGUGGAGAGGGCGCUCACAAAGCUCCUAGCGUCGAGCGGCAAGCGGAAGAGUCGGUUAACGACGUGUCCACGCUGCCAGGUGGAGUACGAGAUUGGCGAGAAUGGGGAGUACGGCCAGUGCCUGUACCAUCCUGGCGAACUAAUUCCGGAUUGGACGGCGUUGGAAGGCUAUGAUUAUGAUGAGACGACAAUUGAAUUGGACAAGAUGAAGCGGGAUUUCCCAGAACUUUACAAAUGGGCUUGUUGUGGGGAUGAUGGAUCUGCAGAGGGGUGCCAGAGCGGGACACAUGUCCAUGGUCGGGCGUUGAAAAGGAUUAAGGUAUGACCUUUGGGAGGGGGCAUUUAUUAGUUGCCGAUAAUGAUG